AUGAGUAUUCCCGAUGAGAAUAUCAUAUUGGAAGGAUCGCUGAAGAGGUGCAAAAAGUACAAGUUGUUCAAGACCAAAUGGAUUGAACAUUACUUUGUACUUUACUGUCGUGAUCCCGGACGGAAUCUCUAUGCUAUCGAUGAGUUCAAGUCUUCUCGUAAAAACGAGCUAAAGAAAAGGUUCAAGAUGGAAUUGGUAGCACGAGUUGAAUCGAAUCUCUCCAUCUCCGAUCCAUCGGUUUUGUGCUCUUCAACAGCUCAGAAUCAUCAUCCCGACACUCUUCAUUCGAUUUUUGGAAUUGGUUUUCGAGUUCAUAAUGUGCUCAAAGACCUGUAUUUGGUGGCAAAGAAUGAUGAGGAGAUGACAUUAUGGGUUAACGAGAUUUGCAAAAUUUGCAAGCUGCAUAGGCAGAAUGAUGAUGAUUCCCAAGCCGCUGACUCAUCUAUAAGUGGAAUGUCAAUGUCGUCUCAGUCUUUGGAUAUGUCCCUGAUGGAGAGACAACAGUUCGCAGAUAAUCCCAAAACCAGCACGUGCAACUCAUCAAAUGUCGACGAAUCCGAAGAUCGGAUGGGCCAUUUCAACUUUGGUGGCUUCCGCUCACGACCCACUUCCAAACGAGCCUACCAUUCGAGUGUUCGGAAAAAGAGUGUGGCCAUGCGAGAGUUCGCUAGAAAGUAUUCUUCCCUGCCUAACACCCCUUCUGAAGCUUCCAAUAAUCAAUUGUACUGUAAUGCUCCUCCUAAUGCCAACACCAACCAAACAAAACAACAGAAAACGGUAGUGUAUUUUAGAUACGCACAGAAGCUAAUAAUAGCGGUUUAUAAAAACGAUAGCAUAUUUCAGAGCUCCGAUCCCAAAUCGUUUCUACGUAUGCAACAAUUCAAAUCAGUGAACUCGAAUCCCAACUAUAACAAUUUACCAGAAUCCGUGGCUCAAUUACCCUAUAGUUUAGCAUCCUAUUUCAAGUUUCUAGAUGUACAGAACGGGCAAAUCAAUCGUCUCCAUAUGAUCCCUGCAUCGACCUCAAUGGGAAGAGUUGUUGGAGGAGAUGAUGCUGAAGAGAGUAGUGGAGAAACCAUGAAACCUGGAACAUCGAUGAAUCGAGCUUAUCCGGAUUCCCUCGCGUCGUCUGAAGGAAUCCCAAUUUACGAUCUGAGUGGGCGGACCAUCAUUGGCCGAGCUCCACCACCAAUUGACAGGUCAAACAAACCGAGAAGUAUGAAAUCGGGAGAGGAGGAUCAGUAUAGAAAGUUUGUAGAGGGUAAAUUCAAAGGGAAAAUAGAAAGUUUGAUUUUCAGCGUCUCGGAUAUCAAACCACAGACCAUCAAUGAAAAUACGGUGUAUACGGAAACGAAACGAAAAAAUUUGGACUACUUCGAGCCGACUCAAUUGAUCGAGAACUCUAGUUCCAGUACCAUGGCAGCAACUUCAACCCGGUCUCCAACGCCUUCGGAUAUCGAGUACAUUACGGUAGAUGUUGAUCGAACAUUGGCAUUCAAACAAUUGCGACGGGCUGGUCAAUCGGCGGAUUGA